AUGGCCUCCAGCAUUCGCCGUAAGCACUCUAACGACGCCGACAACAACGCGGAGAACUUCCAUCCCCACGAGGGCAUCCCCCACAUUGCCAAGUACGGAUAUAACAAGUACUACGAUGAAGAAACCAAUGAAGAGUCGUAUCAAGGCAAGGCUAUGACCUGCGUCCCCCGCGAUAAACUCGAGGCCCUUCUCAACCAGUACAUCUCGACCUUCUCAGGUAUCGAAGACGGAGGCAGGAUGGCCAAGAAGACUUUUGAUGAGGACCUCAAGAUAUACUCCCAGACCCGAUGGUGGAUAACCACUGCCGUAGGCGGUGACCUUAAGAAGAAUAUCGAGAAGUGGGCCAAGACCGAUAGUUUCCCUCCAAUCUUUGAAAAUCGCGCCCAGUUUAUUAAGGCACUCAUCCGCAAGAAUAAUCCUAACCAAUGGAAGAAGGGAUUGGUCACCUACGGUUGCAAUACAUUCACCUUCUACUGGAAGGGCGACUUCUCGAUCCCUGAGUACCCGACCGUAGGCCGUACCUUUGGCAUCCACAUAGUGUUCGUGAACCCUAAGACCAGCAGGGUCAAUAAGGUGUACGCAGAGUAUAACUCAUUAAACCAUAUGUAUAACCUUGGCGCUCACAUCACUUGGGCUAAGGAUCCUGUGUGCUGCGAUUGCCGUCCCUUUGUUACUAGCUGCAAGUGUCCUAUUUAG